AUGUCACGUGUAUUGCUAAGCGCUGUGGUCCUGCUACUGGGCCUCACCACGGACAUCCUGGCCGGACGUCUGAGCCAACGUUACUUGCCCGCUCCGCAGGCUAGCCAGUUGCACUAUCACGGCGUGAGUGGCCAGGGACAUGCUCGUCCUGGUCUGGGCUUGGGAUCGGCAGCAGGAUAUCAGCGUCAGCAGCAGCCGCAGAUACCGAUUGUGAGGAGCGACUAUCAGAGUGAUGCCAAUGGCAACUAUAACUUUGGCUUCGAUACCGGGAAUGGCAUCCACCGGGAUGAGACUGGCGAAUUCCGUGGCGGCUGGCCCCAUGGCUCCCUGGGUGUCCGCGGCUCCUAUUCCUAUACCGGUGACGAUGGCCAACAGUACACGGUGAACUACAAGGCGGACAAGAACGGAUUCCAUGCCGAGGGAGCCCACCUACCCACAUCGCCAUCGGUGCCGGCCGCAGCUCCAGCUGGUCGCAGCUCGUAUGGCGGCUAUAGGGGAUCGGCCUCAUCGCAUGUCCCUGCUGCUGCUCCCAACAGCCGAUAUCUGCCGCCAGGAUAUCGCCAGCGCAGGCACUACUGA